CUCUCCAGUGCGGGUCUCGCAUACGACUUAAAUUGAGUUACUAAAAAUACAAACCAAUAAUGUGCGGCAUAUUCUCUAUAUUUUCGAGGGAUGGGGAACCGAUCCCCCCGCAAAUCCUGCACGGCAGCAAACAUAGUUUGCGUGAGCUGGCCUACCGACAAAGUGGAAAGCAGCGGCAUCGUGGUCCGGAUUCCACUGGAGUCCACGUGAUUCCCUCAGAAGGAGUGGCCAUGGUCCAUGAACGCCUGCGAAUUGUGGGUGUGGAAAUGGGUGAUCAGCCGUUUGUUUCCGAGGAUGGCAACCUGAUUCUGGUGGCCAACGGGGAGAUCUACAACUAUCUGGAACUUUCGGCGGAAAUAGCGAAGAAUCAUGGCUCCUACAAACCGAAAAGCGAUUGCCACGUCAUAUUGGAACUGUACAAGGAUUACGGAAAGGAUCUUCUGCAGUACAUCACCGGAAUGUUUGCCUUUGCCCUCUACGAUCGAAGGACUAAAGAAGUCCUGCUAGCUCGAGAUCCUUUUGGUAUAAUUCCCAUGUAUGUGGGUGAAGAUGCAGCUGGAAACCUUUGGGUUGCCUCCGAGAUGAAAUGCCUGGUGGAUACCUGCUCCAAGGUGGAAACUUUCACACCUGGCGAGGCCCGUUUCGGAAGGGUUGGUGAGCUGAAAACUUGCUGGCAGUUCGAGCAGCCUUGGAUCAAAACGGUGCCAAAGCAAACCUGCGAGUUGGCUCUACUGCGAGCCAAUUUGGAGUCUGCAGUGCGCAGUCAUCUUCAGUGUGAUGUCCACUUGGGAGCUCUACUGUCCGGCGGAGUGGAUUCCAGUCUGAUUGCCUCCAUUGCCACGAAGAUAAUGCGGGAGAGGGAUCCCAACUUCCGGUUGAAAACCUUUUCUGUGGGCCUAAAAGACGCACCCGAUUUCCAGGCCGCCAGGCGAGUGGCCAAAUAUAUAGACAGCGAUCACAAGGAGAUCGUCUUCGAGAUCGACGAAGCUCUGGAUGGCAUUCGGGAUAUAGUUUACCACCUGGAAACCUACGAUGUGACCACUGUGAGGUGCAGUCUGCCCAUGUUACUGCUGGCCAGAUACAUCAAGAGCACUGGCAUUAAGAUGAUCCUCUCGGGCGAAGGAGCAGACGAGAUCUUCGGCGGGUACCUGUACUUCCACAAGGCUCCCAACUACGAGGACUUCCACGAGGAGCUGGUGAAGAGAGUGCGGCAGUUGCAUCUAUCCGACUGCUUGAGGGCCAACAAGGUGGCCAUGGCCAAGGGAGUGGAGUUGCGGGUGCCCUUCCUGGACACGGGAUUCGUCAACCAUGUGAUGCAAAUCCGACCGGAGGACAAGAUACCGGGACCCCUAAACAAAUUCGGAGGAGAGCAGCAAAAGCGUUUGGAAAAGUAUGUCCUGCGAGCUGCCUUUGCGGAUGACUAUCUGCCCGACGAUGUCCUUUGGCGGCAGAAGGAGCAGUUCUCCGACGGAGUGGGCUACGAUUGGAUCGACAGCAUCCGGCGGGUGGCCACCAGUCAUGUCAGCGAUGAGGAGUUCGCAGGAGCCGCUCUGCGGUUCCCCUUCAACACGCCCACCACCAAAGAGGCCUACUACUAUCGCUGCAUUUUCGCUGAGCAGUUUCCCGGAGAAUCUGCUGCCCGAACCGUGGUGAGAUGGGUGCCCCGCCUCGAUUGGGGCUGUCCGGAGGAUCCAUCCGGACGGGCUCAGGCCGUCCACCAGGUCAAUAAAGACUGAUAAAAGUGUUAAUUAAAUUAGUUUAGUCAGAGCAGUUCCAAUCAGCGUUCGCUGAAGCAUAUACAAUAAAUUUAUUUUAUUGGCAGUUAA